AUGUCAUUCCUUGUCCCGGCUGCGGUCCUGGGUUCUGUCGCAAUCUUUUGGGCAUCAUGCGUUUCGAGUGUUGUGACUGAACCGUAUCUAGAUGAGUUCUUUCAUGUUCGCCAAGCUCAGGUCUAUUGUGCCGACCACUUCGUCAUCUGGGAUCCUAAAAUUACCACUCCGCCUGGGCUAUACCUACUAUCACGAAUCUUGCUGGCAGUCACCGGUCGCUGUGAUGUAGUUGCCCUGAGAUCCUUGAACACCAUAGGAUUAAUAUUGACUUUGGUGCCGACAGCAGUCCUUGUUGGCCGUAUUACACAGGCACGGCGUGCAACUGAUGGCCCAUCUUUGAUCACACUACAUUCCGCGCUCAACGUGACACUAUUUCCUCCACUGUUCUUCUUCUCAGCAUUGUACUAUACAGAUGUUCUUUCAACCAUUCUUGUUCUAGCCCAUUACGACCAUACGCUCAAGGGUCUCUAUACACGGGCUACUGGAUUUAGGCAUCAUGUCAUUUCUGUGGUCCUGGGAGCAUCUGCACUUCUGUUUCGUCAGACGAACAUAUUCUGGGUGGCGGUCUUCCCGGCUGGCCUAACGGCAAUCCAAGAGCUAAAGACACACUGCAUGCUCGAUGAGGCGGCCAAAACCAGCGGUCAUGCCUCAGCAGACUGGCUCAACAUGGAAGAUCUUGACGUAGCAGAUGCCUCUGUUGAAGAUUACCUGUUCUUUCUGGUGGCUGUCGCGCUGGGUGCGAUGAAAAAGCCCUGGAGCAUAGUGAAAGCUAUCACCCCAUAUCUGUUCCUGAUUGUCAUGUUUGCCGCUUUUGUGGCAUGGAAUGGCGGUGUAGUAUUGGGUGACAAAUCUAAUCACAUCGCUACUAUCCAUGUCCCGCAGAUGCUUUACAUCUGGCCAUACAUGAUGUUCUUCUCGUUUCCGCUUACGAUCCCUGUUCUGCUGACGGCAGUGUUGCAUUUCUUACCACGCCAAUAUCUUCCAUUAGGACUUCAAUCAUUCACCCAGAGGCCGGCUAACCAUAGGAUUCUUCCUCGCAUCCCUAUUGUCAUCGCAUUUGUAUUUCUCGGACUUCUGGCCGUCAAACUGAAUACAAUCGUCCAUCCCUUUACGCUCGCAGACAAUCGCCAUUACGUGUUCUACGUCUUCCGACUCCUUCUUCGUCACCCGAUCGUGAAAUACGUUGCUGUGCCGAUCUACAUCAUUUGCGCAUGGCUCAUCAUUCAGUCGACCGGAUCAGGCAACCUUCAUUUGAAGAACGGGCAAGCAGAUUCCUCGGCUGCGCGACGUCCUAAAUUAUCACCAGAUCCAACAAUAGACUCCCCCAAAGGUAAAUUCAGUUUCCUCAUAAUAUGGCUGGCCACGACGGCACUCUCUGUAGUCACUGCCCCCCUGGUCGAGCCUCGAUAUUUUAUCAUUCCUUGGGCCGUGUGGCGCAUCAACGCAGCACCCAUUGCUGUAGACGUGCACGAUAGACAAGUGCAGAUCACGAAAAAUCCCUUAUGGACAUAUGGUAUUCUCGUAUGCGAGACUUUGUGGCUCGCGCUGAUUAAUCUCGGCACGGGCUACAUGUUUCUCUAUCGUGGUUUUGGUUGGCCGCAAGAGCCUGGGAAGGUGCAGCGGUUUAUGUGGUGA